AUGCCUCCCGGCACGACGCUGCUGUCCGGCUUGCAGCGCAGCCUGGGGCUGAUGCGGGGCACUGGUGUGCACCCAUGUGCAUGGAAUGCCCGCUGCCAGCCAUUUGGGCCCGGCCUGGCCCGGCGUGGGUCCUCGCUCUCCUCCCGGGCGGCACUGCCUCCCACCACCGGCCUCCCCCGGCUCACCUGGCCCUCCCGCACCCACGAGGCGGGCAUGCUGCGGGAGGCCGACAUCGACCAGGCCGUGAGCCUGUGCGGCUGGGUGGACAGGGUGCGUAACCUGGGCGCCAUUACCUUCCUGGACGUGCGCGACCACACCGGCGUGGUCCAGGUGGUCGUCGACGCCGGCUCGCCCCGCGCCCUGCACGACGUCGCGGCCCGCCUCCGCCCCGAGGCCGUGGUCAGCGUACGGGCCCGGGUGCGGCGCCGUAGCGACCCCAACCCGGGCCUGCCCAGCGGCGCGGUGGAGGCCGAGCCCUCCAGCAUCCAGGUGCUGAACCCGGUCCAGGGUGGCCUGCCCAUCCCCGUUUCUGCAAGUUCUCCAGAGGGCGCCGACGCGCUGCGAGACGAGGUCAGGCUCCGGCACCGGGUGCUGGACCUCAGACGCCCGCAAAUGGCGCUGAACCUGCGCAAGCGGCACGAGCUGACUCGGUGCAUGAGGCGCUACCUGGAGGACGAGCACGGUUUCUUGGAGAUCGAGACGCCCAUCCUGGGGCGGAGCACGCCGGAGGGCGCACGCGACUUCAUCGUGCCCUCCCGGGUGCAACCCGGGGAAUGGUACGCGCUGCCGCAGUCCCCGCAGCUCUACAAGCAGAUGCUCAUGGUGGCGGGGUUUGACCGCUACUACCAGGUGGCCCGCUGCUUCCGCGACGAGGACCUGCGCUCCGACCGGCAGCCGGAGUUUACCCAGCUCGACCUGGAGACCUCCUUCAUGGACCAGGAGGCCAUCAUAGGGCUGGCAGAGGGACUCAUGGCACGGGUCUUUGCCACGGUGCUGGGCGUGGAAGUUGCGGCGCCCUUCCCUCGUCUUUCGUACAGCCAGGCCAUGGAGCGGUACGGCUGCGACAAGCCAGAUCUGCGCUUCGGUCUGGAAAUGACGUAUGUGACCGAGGCGGUCAGGGGCUCCGACUUCCGGCUGUUUGCGGAUGCGGUGGCGCAGGGUGGCAUCGUGCAGGGCCUGAGGGUGCCCCACGGCUCUGCCAUCUCCAACUCCCGGCUCAAGGGCAAGGGCGACAUUGCAGCCCAGGCAGCCGCGCAAGGGCUGGGGGGCCUCGUCUCGCUCCGUGUCGGGGCGGGCGGGGAGCUGGAGGGCGCCUCGGCGGUUGUGCAGGGGCUGGGGCCCAGCUGCCUGCAGCAGAUGGGCGAGGUCCUGGGAGCGCAGCCCGGCGACCUCCUGCUUUUCGGGGCUGGGCUGGCAGCCACGGUGCACAAGGGCAUGGACCGGGUCCGACAACACCUCGGUCGCUCCCUUGGACUCGUGAAGGACUCUGCCCACUCCCUGCUGUGGGUGGUGGACUUUCCCAUGUUUGAGAGGGAUGAGGAAGCCGGCCGCCUGGUGGCCCUGCACCAUCCCUUCACCGCCCCCAACCAGGACGACAUCGCGCAGGGCGUCCCGCUGGCAGUGUGCAGGGCACACGCCUUCGACCUCGUGUACAACGGGGUCGAGGUCGGCGGCGGGAGCCUGCGCAUCUACAGGCGAGACCUCCAGCAGAUGGUCUUUGACGCCAUCGGCCUCUCACGAGAGGAGGCCGCCCUCCAGUUCGGCUACCUCCUGGACUGCCUGGAUCAGGGUGCUCCGCCCCAUGGAGGCAUGGCCCUGGGCCUGGACCGGCUGGCCAUGCUGCUGUGCGGCGCCAGCAGCAUCCGUGACGUCAUCGCCUUUCCCAAGACGACGCAGGGCACCUGCGCCGUGACCCUGGCGCCCGCCCCCGUCGGCGACGACCAGCUGGCAGCCCUGAGGCUGCAGCUCGUCCCCGUGCCUGAGAAGAGUCCCGGCCUGGAAGCCCACACCUGA